AUGAUAUCAAGAGGUGCAACCAAGUGUCACGUGGAGGCAUGCAGUAGACAAAAGCUACGGCGACGGCGACGGCGACAGCGAGGACAGAUCUUACUCACUCGACGCCUCACCGGCGACUCGGACUCUGAGGCUGGGGCCGGACAGAAGCCCCUAGUUUGGCCGUCCAGCCAGUCUCGGCCAGGACACCCGAGUCCCUGCGGGCCACCGCGGUUUCAAGCAGAGAUAGGAGCAGAGUUGAAACCAGGCGAUUGGGAAGAGGAAGAGGCGACAAUGAGUCGGCGUCUUAGCCAAACAACAUUUGUCACUACCCGGUACCGCAGUCAGACGAGAGAGGAGCUAGGCCCUGUCUGCAAUGAAGCCUCAGUUAUUUGGCGUAUUUUCAACGGAAAUGCACAAAUUGCGUGCAGAAUGUUUACUGUGGAGUGA